AUGGCCGACCCAGUCGCCGAGCCCCAGACCGCUACCACCGAGAAGCCUACCACUGAAGCUCCCACCAACGGCGAUGCUGAAAAGACUGCUGAUGCGCCCACCAAUGGCGCAGAAGUGAGUGAAAAGAAAGAGAGCGCCAGCAAGCGCGGCGCAGACGAGGACGACUUCGAGCGAUACGACAACGACAAGGGCAACGACCGCCGCUCAGACCGCCGUGAUAGAGACGACCGCCGAGGAGACCGACGCAAUGGCCGUGAUGGCGAUCGCAGGGGUGGCCGUGGCGGACGUGGAAGAGGCGGAGGACGAGGACGCGGGCGCGGUGAUUCCAACCGCUUCAACCGCAAAGACAACAUCCGUACCAAGUACGAGCGCCAGGAAGAGUCAAGCGAUGCUACAGAGAUUCGUCGCCAGGUCGAGUUCUACUUCUCCGACUCGAAUCUUCCAAUCGACAAGUUCCUCCUCGAAGAGACUGGUGGUUCGGAGAACAAGUGGUUCCCACUGAAGACUAUCCACAGUUUCAAGCGCAUGCGUCACUUUCAGCCAUUUAGCGUGGUGGUGGAGGCAGUCAAAGGCAGUGACCUUCUCGAGGUUAACGACAAGGACGAGGUGAGGCGUAAGGAGCCACUCGAUUCCAAGUUCACCCAGGAUGUCAGGGCCAACGGCGAGCUGCUCACAUCCGAUAGCAUGAAGCGUAGCAUCUACGCAAAGGGCUUCGGUGAAGAGACUGGUAGCACUGGUUUCGACAUUGAGGAGUUCUUCAACCCAUACGGCGCCAAUGCUGUACGUCUGCGCCGCUCCGAAGAUGGCACCUUCAAAGGGUCAGUCUUCGUCGAGUUCGCAAGCGAAGAUGACGCCCAGCAAUUCCUCAACAUGGAAGAGAAGCCUAAAUUCAAGGAUGAGAAGGAGCUCGAGGUCAUGUCAAAGAAGGCCUACGUUGACAUGAAAUCCGAAGCCAUUCUCGACGGCCGCGUGAAGCCUAAGAGCCCAACACGCAGCUCAUACCGCUCACAGGACGACCGUCGCGGUAACCGCGGCGGACGUGGUGGCGGAAGAGGCCGGGGUCGUCGUGGUAGCUUCGACUAUGGCAACAACAAGCGAAAGCGUGACGGCGACGACGACGAUGUGGCAGACAAGGACGACUGGCGCUCACGCCGGGACAAGUUCCAGAAGCAGGAUCGCUCCGUCAGCCGUUCGCGCUCCCGAUCGCGCAGCCCAUACCGUGCUGAGAAGGAGACUGAGGAGACCAAGACCGAGGAGAAGAAGGAGAGCGCGCCAGAAGAGUCUGCUCCCGAGAAGCCAGCAGCCGCUGAGCCAGGUGAGGUCAAGGCUGAUGCAUAA